UGAUCGGUUUGGUUCAUGUUAGCUCCGCCGCGGCAGUCAGAAAAAUAAAUCUCGAGUCUCGAAAAUCUCAGCGAGUUUUUUUCCCGAUCACUUGGCACACGGAAGCGGCUAACGCAGAAUCCACAGAGGAAACACACAGCUACUAUAUUCCUCCAUAAUUGCUUAUAAAUAUAUUUCUUAAAAGCCCUCCCCAUUCACGGUUUUGUAUUUAAGUGAUUAUAAAAAAAAGAAUACCCAAGUGCCGCAUAUCUGUUUAAUGUCAGCGCGAAAACUCAAUUCAAUUUAUGGUUUGUGAUUGCAAAUUUGACAUAAUUGUGUUUUGAUUUAUUUGUGUACGCCUCGUGCCUUGAGCAUCUUAAAGUCUGCCGAAUAAUCUGGCCACGAUUAUCGCGAAAUAAUACCAGGGAAUCUCCGUCACCCUCCCUAAAGCCGAUACACCACCCGAGUUUCCAUCGAGCGAAUUGAGAUAGCGGGACAUGAUCAUGCUGGGAAUUAACUCCUUGAGCUGCUUUUUGCUGCUCUGCUGCACAGUGAUGCUAGCAUCAGGUGUCCAGAAUAGCAGUAGCCUCACUCAGAGCCCAACUUUCAACCAGAACUUGAACAGAACUCAUCUGCAUCAUCAUCGAACACAUGGCCACAGGACGCGUCAUCAGGGAAGUCCUGCAACCACGCCUCAAAGGCAACACCGGAGAUCACAACUUGUCCAGUCGGCCAAGUCGGAUGUGGAACUGUUGCCCGGGGUCACCAUGCAAGAGGUCACCAGACUAAGACGUAUUCAGCCACAUAAUCCCUAUAAUAGAGUGCAGGGAGCAAGGCGCCUCCAUCAGACCAAACCCACAUCCGAAUGGGAUUACAAUACCUAUAACAUCUUGACCAAUACCUUUGGACCUCCUCCACCACCCAUGCCGUCAUCACCGCGAUCCGGCAAGGGUGAGGAUAACACCCACGAUGUGGAGUUCAUUGGUGUACAGGAUCGACGCAGGGGUUACUCCUUUGUGCCAACUAUUGGCAGCACCACCACAGCACCGCCACCGAAUCUAAACAGAAGAUCUGCCAGUCCGGGUCUGGGCAGCAGCAUGGGCACCAUUCCACCACUGGUUCCAGCUCGUCGAGGCUAUAGCUACACCACCAUGGCACCCACCACAGUGUCCACCGGCUUCACCACCGAAGAUCCCUUCGAGACGAACACCAUCGGGCGGGGCUAUCCCACGGACCCCAAGGAGAUGGAGCGGCGGCACAUUUGCGUGCAGCAACGGACGGUGACGAUGCCCGUGAAGCGAACGGAGGUCUACACGCGUCCCACCUGGAAGCAUGUAUCCACGCCCUGCCAGCCGCCCACUUUCAAUGGACAGAUGUGCACCAGGGUGCAGGUGGUCCAUGAGCCGGCUUACAGGGAUGUGAUUGACCACAAAACUGCCCAACAGAUGACCUACGAUUGCUGUUCGGGUUGGAGCAGGGAAAAUCCACGGGCGGAUGCGUGCAUGAAACCUCUUUGCUCCACGCGUUGCCAAAACGGCGGUAAUUGUACGGCUCCCAACACCUGCAGCUGUCCGGCGGGUUUCACUGGACGCCACUGCGAACAGGAUGUAAAUGAAUGCCUUACGGAGAAGCCCUGCGACCAGCAGUGUGUUAACACGCCCGGCUCCUACUUCUGCAGGUGUCGCCAGGGAUUCGUGCUGCAGGCGGACCAGCAAAGCUGCCGGAAGACUUCCACCCACGCAGAUGACGCCUUCGAGGCAAGGGAUUUGGAGAACGACAUCGAUGACACCGAUGCAGAGGUGGUCACGCGGCUGCAGAAGAUCGAGCGCUCGUUGGCAAACGAGCGAGUGCACACCAACGAGUUGCAAAAGUCUCUACAGGCCACUUACAGUGUGGUGGACACGCUCAAGAGCAGGCUGAGCACUUUGGAAAAGCAAGCUCAGGAUGUCAGCCGAUUGCAGACGAAUCUGUACAAGACAGAGUCGCGGACAAACAAGCUGGAGGGAAUGCUUAAUCUGCUACUAAAGUGCCGCAACGGGCCGAAUGCCAAUUGCCCCUAAACAGAACUGUAUUUUUCCCUUUUUCUCUAUCGCUAUAACUUAAAUUUUAGUUAACUUAAUUGCCCACUCUGUUCACGUGUAGCUACUCCAGCUUGUAAGCCAUUCCCGAAUUGCGAGUCGAGUGCCUCUGUAGUCCGUAGAACCGUAGAAUCAGCCCUCGACUAGGGCUAUGUAUUAGUACUUAAGCGAACGUGUCAUAAAUGUAUCGAGAUCUGAAGUUUUAGCUGUAAGCGCACCACCGCCAACUGCCCCACCCGAUUCGCGGUGGGUGCAGCGUUUAGUUUC